UUGAAUAUUUGCCUGUAUUCCCACAGAAAACUGAAGCAUCUUCCUGUCCUUUGAAGUGGCGCCACACGGGGCAAAUUCCCAGAUUUGAAUUUCUUAAAAGCCUUUGGUUCGGAGGAAACAAAUAAGACAUUUUGAACUCCAAUAUAACUGAAUUUUCAGCUAAAUAUUUACUGAAAUAUUUCUUACUGAUGGGAUCAAAAAACCGCGCGCAGAGUUAUUGUGUAGUUAAGAUUUACAAAAAUUCCGUUUGAUAGAUUUUAACAAGUUUAAGCGUUUUAAGAACUUGUAAAUUGUAACGAGGACUCCAUGAAAGCUAAUUCACGCUGAGGCAAUUGAAAACAAAUUUGGUUAAAGGAAAAAAGUGUACCGUUUUUCCAGUUGGUAUAUAUGAUUUGAUUGUGUAACUUUGGCACCAUUCCUGAUCAAUCUAGGGUCGAAUGGCGACUGAAACAUUGUCUUGAAAACGCUCAGGCUAUCGGAAAGCGUCGCAGUUUCGUAAAGUGCUCACUAACUAAGAUCAAACAACCAACCGUUAAAAUAUGAUAAUAUAUUUACUCAUAUUGACGACUUAGUUUAUACGUUAAUACCAUUCAAGGACUAAUCAAGAUUAGAUUUAUUGCUACAUUUGUUGCUACAGCCGCUGCUACCUAUGCAAAGCUGAUCUAUGACAAUGGAACUUUUCUUUGUUACAGAUUACAAAGUGAAUUAUAACCAAGAGGCAGUGACCUCUUCUCCUGACGAAGUAACGAAUGUUGCAUCGCACCUCCAAGAAGGAACUGUCACAGGAUCUCAUAGAAGUAAAAGAGUUCCAGGGGUUUAUGGUUUUGUCAAAGAUCUUAUUUUGGAAGGAGAACAUGCAAAGUUCGUGGAUGACAAUGGUCGAUACUGGAUAAAUUGGCUGACUGCUCCACGGCUGUACCAUAAGUUUAGAGCUAAGAACUAUCCCAAGCUUUCAUCGGAAUGUAACCAAAAGGCUGCCAGGAAAACUUUAUCUGCAGCUCUCAUCGAUUCCUUUAAAAGUCAAGGAGCAGUAGAAUAUGAUGAAUACAAAAAAGUCAAUAUCAAGAAUGGACAAGUCUUGGAGAGACAGUUUCAGAUGCCCCCCAGGAUUUUUGAAUCAUUGUUUGGAUCAGAUUACAGUGGUGGCUUUGUAUCUGCAGAGCCCGAGACAAGUGAGAUAUCACUGAGUGACCCAGAAGUGACACAAGUGGUUGGAGAUAUUUUCCCCUCACCAGGCCAUGUGAAGGGUGGAUGUCCACUCCAACUAACGACGGAGAGUGACACAACAGGUGUGGCACGCUUUGAUGGAGAAGACGUCCUAUCAGAGAAAACUAACUCCUACUCCUUCCUUAGCUGUAUUCCAGAUUUCAAACUGAAUUAUAACGAAGAGGCAGUGCCCUCUUCUCCUGACGAAUUAACGAAUGUUGCAUCGCACCUCCAAAAAGUAACUGUCACAGGUACUUCUACCACUGCUGAUUUUGCGACUGCUGCUUGCACUGUUCUUUUACAUGGGAGACUUACAUCUUUAGAAGUAACUUCUCAGUUUGUUGAAAACUGA